AAAAUGUACUAUGUAAAACAGAAGCAAAGUACCCUGUUCUGCCGCACCACAUAAUUAUCUAUUAGACAACCAUUGGAGUUCAGUCCUGCAGAAAAAAUGAAAGAUAAUCUACAUGAUGAUUCAAAGCAAUCAGUGCAACUUAAAAAGGAAAUAUCCCUUUUGCAUGGGGUGAGCCUGGUCAUUGGAAACACUAUUGGAGCUGGUAUCUUUGUUUCUCCAAAGGGUGUUCUCAUGCACAGCGGUUCUUAUGGACUAUCCCUUAUAAUAUGGGUGCUGGGAGGAAUAUUUUCAGUCAUUGGAGCCUUGUGUUAUGCUGAACUUGGAACAACAAUCACUAAAUCUGGUGCAAGUUAUAUUUACAUAAUGGAAUCCUUUGGAGGGUUUUUAGCAUUCUUAAAUCUUUGGACCAAUAUGUUAAUAAUCUAUCCUGCCAGUCAGGCUAUUUUGGCAAUUACAUUUUCAAAUUACCUAAUGGAGCCAUUUUUUCCGUCAUGCUCCCCACCUCAGACUGCAGUGCUUCUGCUAUCAGUGGUGUGUGUUGUUUUUUUAACAGCAGUGAAUUGUGCCAAAGUGAAAUGGGGAGCAUCAUUGCAAGUGGUAGCAACAUUUGCCAAAGUACUGGCGCUGGUCAUAAUCAUCAUUGCUGGAAUUGUCAGAUUAUGCCAAGGCAACACGUAUAAUUUGGAAAACGCUUUUGAAGGCUCACAUCUGAAUGUAGGUUCCUUUACUAUGGCGUUUUAUUCGGCUUUGUAUUCUUUUUCUGGUUGGGAUGCCUUAAAUUAUGUGACAGAAGAAAUGAAAAAUCCAAAAAGGAACCUACCAUUAUCAAUGAUAAUUUCUAUGCCUUUGGUAACAGUCAUCUACGUUAUGACAAAUAUUGCAUAUUACACGGAGUUAGAUUUGAAUACAAUCAUGGACAGCAGUGCAGUGGCUGUGACAUUUGCCGAAAGGAUUCUUGGUUAUAUGAAAUGGUUUAUGCCUAUAUUUGUGGCUAUAUCCUGCUGCGGUGGACUAAAUUCUGUUGUUAUUUCAUCAUCAAGGUUGUUUUUUGUUGCUUCCCGUGAAGGACAGCUGCCAGACUUUCUGUGCAUGAUCCAUAUCAACCGGUGCACUCCUAUUCCAGCCUUACUCUUUAAUGGUCUGAUGGCGCUUGUGUUCCUUUGUGUUAAAGAUGUUUUCCAGUUGAUUGACUACUUCAGCUUCAGCUACUGGUUAUUUAUUGGCCUUUCAGUUGGUAGCCAGAUUUAUUUGAGAAUAAAAAGGCCAGAUAUGCCCAGACCUGUUAAGUUGAGCCUGUUUUUCCCCAUUGUCUACUGCAUCUGUAGUGUGUGCCUAGUUGUGGUCCCUCUCUACAGUGACCCAAUUGAUUCAUUGGUUGGAACGGCAGUUGUAUUGUCUGGAGCCCCUGUAUAUUACAUCUGCCUUCAUCUGCCUUCUGAAAAACAACCUGUUUUUGUGAAAACAAUCCUUGGAUUUAUUUCAUUGUAUGUUCAGAAGAUCUGUAUGUGCUGUGCGGCCCAGUCAACUGAUGAAAUGGAGAUGAAGUUAAAAUAAAAUACAUAAUUAUUUUAUCAUACCAGUUCUCUUGGAAAUAGUAUUCUUCUGUGCAGUCAACGGUCAUAUAAAUAUGGUUGCUGAAUGUGUGUCUGUAUACAUUUUAUAUAAAUGUAAUAUUGUAAUAAAAUGUGUAAUUUUAUUGUAGAAUAUUAAAGGG